UGGAACUGAUAGAAGACAGCAGAGUGCUGGGUUUAUGCCAUGUGCUGGGAACAUGGGAUCUUUGUGUCCUUGGCUUGUGUUGGUGUUGUGGGAUGCAUUGUGUAAUGGGAUGUGUCGGUCCUGAUCAAUUCUCAUACACAACUCCUGCCCUAUCCGUUCAUUUCUAUUAGCUUAAUUUCUUCUUGGGACCAAAAUGGUUAUUAGCCAUUUCCCAGAACAAAAAGAUUUGGGGUCUGGGCAUAGGAGUAGCCAUGAGAUGAGGAUCUCAUCCCUCUGACUGUGCAUUUCUUACGUUUCUAUUUUGCAGAGGGAAAAAAUGCAGCAUUGGCGGAACAAGCUGAGAAACUGGAGAGAAAAGACGCAUCAUUGGCGGAACAAGCUAAAAGAAUGGAAAGAACAGAUGAACUGCUGGUGAAACUACCUUCGAUUUUGAAGAGAAGUGAUGCAAAGUUGGAUACACUGGCCGGAAAACUGGUGGAAAUAACUGAAAAAUUCGACAUUUGGAAUUCUCAGCUGAAGAUCCACUAUAGAAUUAUGCAAUUACGUGCUUUUCAGCUGAAGAACCUAGUUGCAGAACUCGAGAAAACGGACACAGUGUUGGCAGAGAUACGAGCCGUUAAAAUUGUGGAACGAACUGAAGCACUGGAGAUACAGAGAUCAAAGCUGGAGAACCACUGUGAAGAGAUGGAUUCAAUUGUUGCAGUUCUGAAGAAACACACUGCAGAACUGGAGGUCCACAGUUCUGAAAUGGAGAGAAGGGAUGAAAUGUUGGAGGAACAAGUUGCAAAACUGGUGGAACAAACUGAAGCAUUUCAAAAACCAUCCAGAAGAGGACUGGAAGAUGAGCCGUGCCACACAGUAACCAUAGGAGAUGAGCUUCAUGGACCACAGAUUGCACAGGAUACCAAACCCACGAUAAGUCCAAGCCAGCAAGGAAACCCACAGCAGGACCAAGAGGAGCCAGUGUCUGUAUUGAGUGAGAACCCUGCAGUUCUGUGAGCCAAAGCUGACCAAGGGGGCACCGAGCUGAGGAUGUGCGACCUCCAACUCAAAUCCAAUUGCAAGAGAAUAACCAUAGUAAGAAAUGGUAACAGGAUGAAGCCAGAGAGCCUGGAUAAGAUACGGUCACAUUCGGAAAUAAUUUGGCCAUGUAUCAGGGUUUGUGGACAUGUAAGCAAUAUCUAACACUUUUGGAUACAUAAGAAUGCACUGAGGUAGAGAACUGCUUUGGGUGCUAACACCAUUCUCUAUUGUAAUAUAAUAAACGAUACCUGCUGGUGGUUGUCAA